AUGCUUACAGUAACUGCACACGCUCAUUGUUGUGCAAUCGCUCUCACCAUGCGCAUUCCUUCCAGGACCAGCUGCGUCACGCAAAACCUAUGUACCACACUUCUUCUUUUGAGCCAGACAUCUCUGGUAGCAGGCAUCCACCACAUGAACGUCAAAGCACCUCGCAGACUGGAGCGACGGAAAUUGGAUAUCACCCCGCUGCUAGUAACGAACAAUUGUCCGGAUGAUAUAUGGCCUGGCAUCUCUACUCAAUCUGGGAAUGGGCCUGGCACGACCGGCUUCAAGCUUACGCCUGGAGAGACAAGGAACCAGACGGUUUCAGAAGAUUGGCAAGGCAGGGUUUGGGGCAGGACGAAUUGCUCUUUCAACGACGACGGUAGCGGUCCUGCUGAAGGAUACGGAAAGGCUUGCUACUCUGGCGACUGCAAUGGCAUCUUGAACUGUCAAGUCGGAGGCGACGUUCCUGUCUCGCUCGCAGAGUUCACGCUGGACGCGGGCGACGGACAUACCUAUUACGACAUCUCCUUGGUUGAUGGUUACAAUCUCCCAAUAGCAAUGGUGCUCCAACCUCUCGAGAAUGUUACGCUUGACGAUAUCCCACCGAAUUUGACAAACCCUUCCUGUCAAGGUACUGCUGGCCUUUUAGCGGCUCAGGGUUACGAUCCGUACCUGGAAUUCCCGAACUUCCUCGGGACGAAUUCUUCGUAUCCUUUGCCUUGGGAAGAACAAGUGGACCAAGAUAAAAUCUCUCGGUGGUGCCCCUGGGAUCUGCAGCAGUCACCCCCAGACAAGCCUGGCGACGGCGUAUACCCGUACCCAGACGACAACAUCGAACGACCAUCCUUCAAUCCCUGUUUCUCGGCCUGUGCGAAGAACAACAAGCCUGAAGAUUGCUGUACAGGAGAGUACAAUUCUGCCAGCAAGUGCCGACCGGGCGACUAUUCCAAGAACGUCAAGGAAGUCUGCCCAGACGCUUACAGUUUCGCGUUCGAUGAUCAAUCCUCGACAUUCAUCAUUCCCUCGGGAGCUGGUUUCGAGGUAGUCUUCUGCCCUGGCGCGCGCUCGACAAAAAUCCUGGAUACAAGCAUGGCCGAGAUGCAGCAGCUAUCACAGCAAGGAAAGGUCGAUCAUCAAAAGGCCAGGAUGCUGAUGGAGAGAAGGCAGGAGAUGUUCAGUUGGGACUACGAAACGCCAGGGUUCUUCUCUAGGUGGCUAUUUCCGGGAUAA